GAACAGUACCGCAGUGUUCCGGGAGCGAGAUUUAUCGGCGUACCCUCGCGCAUGGGGCCCGGGAAACAAAAAGGAGCGCAUCACGCGAGGGCAGAGGGGGUGGCGCGGACAAGGGGGCGCAGCGGCGGGUGUAUAUAAACGGAGGCCGGCGUACAUUCCCGAUCCCACGGUCUCACUUGUGCUACGUCACCCCGUUUGCCCGUUGCCCCGGACCGCAGCCAUGGCGUUUGACGGAACUUGGAAGGUGGAACGCAGUGAGAACUACGACGCCUUCAUGGAACAAAUGGGCAUCAACGUAAUGAAGCGCAAACUCGCAGAGCACGACAAUCUCAAGAUCAGCAUCCAGCAGACAGGAAACAAUUUCCACAUCAAGGAGUCCAGCACCUUCCGCACCAAAGACAUCCACUUCACUCUCGGGACACCCUUCGACUACAGCCUGGCCGACGGCACCGAGGUCUCGGGGACGUGGGAGAUGGAGGGCGACAUGCUGAAAGGCAAAUUUACGCGCAACGACAACAACAAGGUGCUGACCACCACCAGGAUCCUGCUAGGAGGAGAACUCGUGCAGAGCUACAACUACGAGGGCGUGGAUGCCAAGAGAAUCUUCAAGAAGCAGUAGUUUUCCUGUUUUUUUUUAACCCAGCUUUCUUUUACUUUAUCUUUUCUAAUACGAAACAUAAUUAUGUUACUGGACAAUAUGGCAAUAUUAUUAACAUUUUCUAUCGAAAAAAAGUCCAUUUAAAUGGUUACAUUUGUGCAAAGAAUUGAAAUAAAUAUAAAUUUAAUUAAAA